UAUCAAAUAAGAAAACUUGGAGUGCUCAUCGCAAGCAAGUUUGGAGAAGAGCAGGUAGAGACUGGCGUAGGUAAUGGCUAAUUCCAAUUCGGAGCUGAAGUCCGACGCUAUAAUGGAGCAGAUGAAGCAACAUCUCUCCUCCGACGCCGGCAAACAACUUACCAGCAAGAUUGGCCUCGUCUAUCAGAUUCAGAUUGGCCCCAAGAAACUUGGAGUCGAUGAGGUCAUCUACACCGUUGAUCUCAAGAAAGGGGAGGUCAAAAGAGGGCCAUACGAAGGAGGGAAGCCUGAUGCAACAUUUUCAUUUAAGGAUGAGGAUUUUGUAAAAGUUGCACUGGGGAAAAUGAACCCACAGAUGGCUUUUAUGAGGGGUGCAAUGAAGAUUAAAGGAAGUCUGAGUGCUGCCCAGAAAUUCACGCCAGAUAUCUUCCCAAGGCCUUCCAAGAUGUGAGAAAAGAUGGCGCUGACCCUGUGUACCGGAUUUCUUUGUCCUUUGGCAGUAAUCAAAGAAAGUAGAUAGUUAGUAUAAGCUAAAAUGCUAAAUGCAUGCAUUUAAUUUACAUGUAUCAUCAUUCGUAGGAGAAUAUAUGGCUCAUGAAUGUGUAAUUUCUGUUCUGGAGUACGUCAAAAUAAUCUUAUGCAAAUUUGCUCAAAACUUUAAACAGUAAGGAGUUUUUUUUUUAAUUUA